CGGGCGGGCGCCUAUAGUCGCUGCUUGGACUAAGCUGCCUCAUGAAGAACCAUGAGCUGGACUUGUCCGCGUUGCCAGCAACCCGUUUACUUUGGUGAGGCUGGGACCAAGGAGGAGUAAAGACAAUCGUGAGCCCCCGGGGCCCCGGUAUCAUUGAGUGUGUGUUUGUGUGUGUGCUUGAAUACGCGCCGUGCCUGCCACACCUCCAAGAGCCCAAGGCAGGAGGCAGGAGGGUGGGAUGGAGCUUCCUGGAGACAGUUGUCUCUAGGGAGCAAGGCUGGCUGGGCUGGUUUUCCUAGAAGGCGGAAAGGGCAAAAGGAGGGCGUCUGGCGUUGACGAAGGAAGUUGAACGAACUCCUUGCAGCCUGGAUCCACCUUGUUUCCCACAGCUGAGAAAGUGAGCUCCGUAGGCAAGCACUGGCACCGUUUCUGCCUGAAAUGCGAGCGCUGUCACAGCAUCUUGUCCCCCGGCGGGCAUGCAGAGGGGUCAACAUUGGUGGUGUGGGCUGCUAUCUCUACAACCCCCCAAGUCCCCCUCCUGCCAGCAGUAUUUCCCUCAGCCCCAGCAACUUCAGCCCCCCCAGGCCAAGGACUGGCCUCCCCCGGGCCAAGAAAAGCCCUCCCUACUUGAAGACAUUCACUGGGGAGACGUCACUAUGCCCUGGAUGUGGGGAUCCUGUCUAUUUCGCUGAGAAGGUGAUGUCUUUGGGCAGAAAUUGGCACCGACCGUGCCUGAGGUGCCAACGUUGCAGGAAGACCCUGACUGCUGGGAGUCACGCGGAGCAUGAUGGCAUGCCUUACUGCCACAUCCCCUGCUAUGGCUACCUGUUUGGCCCCAAAGGUGUGAACAUUGGCGAUGUGGGCUGCUACAUCUAUGACCCAGUGGACAUAAGACCCAAAUGAGCCACUCACGGGAGUGACAACCUCAUGCCAGCUUUCCACCUUUCCUCCGAAGUCCUCUGGAAGCUCCGGAAUUCUCUAGUCCUUUGGGGAGGAAGCAGGCGACAUCCUGGGGGCUGGGACCUAGGUGUAGGCUCUGUGGUAGACCUGAGUCUAGACUGUCUCUCCCACUUCUGUGUUUCCCCAUUCCUAACUGGAGGCACACACACACACACACACACACACACACACACACACACACACACACACACGCUUAGAAUGGUGGUUGCCUGGGCUCCCAGUCCUUCUCUCAGCAAUGCUUGAGUUUCAUAAAGUGUAUUCAUAAAGGUCGUCGAGCUCUCUGGAUUCCGUAAUAAAAUGUCAAUCCCCAUA